AUGCUACUACGCUCGGGCCAGCAAGCCUCUCAACCAGCCAUUCACUCGAAGGUUGGCAGUGGCAACCCUGCCACUGCCGAUCUGGAGAUUGCCUUGCCGCCCACUGCCCGAGCUGUAUGA